AUGGCUUCAACAGUGAGCCUGGGCAAAGCAACGCUGCUGGAAGAUGGAGUCCCACCAGCAAAGAAGCCCAGGAAGCUCUUGCCAAGCCUGAAAACCAAGAAGCCUGGAGAACUCGUCCUGGUGAUCGGGACGGGGGUCAGCGCGGCCGUCGCUCCCCAGGUGCCCGCCCUCAAGUCCUGGAAAGGGUUAAUCCAGGCCCUCCUGGACGCUGCCAUGGACUUUGAUCUCCUGGAAGAAGAAGAGAGCAAAAGGUUUCAAAAGUGCCUUCAAGAAAACAAGAACUUGGUUCACCUCGCCCAUGACCUGAUCCAGAAGUUGUCUCCGCGCACGAGCAACGCUCGCUCCACCUUUUUCAAAGACUGUUUGUAUGAAGUGUUUGAUGACCUGGAACCCAAGAUGGAAGAUUCUGGGAAGCAGCUGCUGCAGUCGGUGCUUCACCUGAUGGAGAACGGGGCACUGGUCUUGACCACCAACUUUGACAACCUCCUGGAGCUCUACGCAGCUCACCAAGGGAAGCACCUGGAGUCUCUUGACCUGACUGAUGAGAAGAAGGUGCUGGAGUGGGCGCAGGAGAAGAGGAAUCUCAGUGUCCUGCACAUCCAUGGGGUCUACACCAACCCCAGUGGCAUCGUCCUCCACCCAGCUGGCUACCAGAGCGUGCUGCGCAGCACCGAGGUGAUGCGAGAGAUCCAGAAGCUCUACGAAACCAAAUCCUUCCUCUUCCUGGGCUGUGGUUGGACUGUGGAUGACACCACCUUCCAGGCCCUGUUCCUGGAGGCUGUCAAACACAAAUCUGACCUGGAGCACUUCAUGCUGGUGAGGAGGGGAGAUGUGGAUGAGUUCCAGAAGCUCCGGGAGAACAUGCUGGACAAGGGGAUCAAGGUCAUCUCCUACGGGGAGGACCACGCCGACCUGCCCGAGUACUUCCAGAGGCUGACCAGGGAGAUUGCCACCAGGGGUGGGGCAGGUGUGCCCAGCCUGGCUCAGGAGCUGCAGGGUGCUGAGACCAGAGGAGUCACCAGCUCCUGCCUGGCAGCGAGUGACCCACAGGCAGAGAACAAAUCCUGA